AACAGCCUCUUACUUUUUGGUGGAUCUCCCAUGUCUCCCAUAUCUGUAAGAGGGAGUAAUGUCCACAGUGAAAUGGUGGUUGUACAGUUGGUCAACAACCCACAGAGAGGAUGCUGGAGCUGUGGCUAAGUGGGAAACAGUGGCCCUUGGGGUUGCCAAAGCUGAAAGGGCCGCUGCCGGGCUGCGCCGCGCCCUCGCAGAUCCGGGAGUCCAAUUUAAGCCGGCGGAGUUGGCGGAGCGGAGGCGCUGCGGCGGCGGCGGACUCGGCGCGGCUCGGGCACCUCUCUUCCUUAUCUCUUACUCAAACUUCUCUGCUCCAACUCAGCUCCAUCGCCAUUGGUCUGACGCUACGCGCGGGGACGUCAGGCGAGCGCCGCGCCCAUUGGCUGCGGGGCGCGGGGCGCAGCUGUUCUGAUUAUCAUAUUUCAGCCUCGCCGCAGCCGUGCGCCACUGACCGCUCGGCGAGCCCGCGGGAGAGGAUUAGGGAUCCCGAGGCAACUUACUCCGGGCUCAGGCCGUUCUCCCCCGAUGCUCGGGCUGCCGGGCUGUUCUGGCUCUGGCCUCCCUCUCCUCCUCCUCCUCUUCUUCCUUCUGCCCCCUCCCGCGUUCCUUCCCGGCCGCGUCGCUUGCGCCCUCGCCUCCCGCAGCGCUGCUCCUCCGCCCUGAGCUCCUGGGGUCCCCGCAGUCUGGCUGGCCGCGUUGCGCGCGGGGCCCACUUUCUGCCGCCGGUGGCGAGUGGCUGAACUCCUAAAUGACCAGGAACAGACGAUUUUUAACCCGAGUUCUGGGGCGUGGAGCCCAGGUUGGUGCUAGUGAGCGCAGCGUGCUAACCCAAGUGGUUCUGGCCCAAGGAUGCGCUGACCCGUACAUUUGGCAAAGCCUCAUUAAAUGUAUCAGAUUCUCGCGGAAGUGGUUGCAGUCCCGAGAGGUGAAACCACUGUCUCCCAAGUCCUGAGCGGUUCAGCUGAAAUCUACAUUCGCGUUGAAUCUAGCAAAACACCCACGGGUCCGCCCAAUAUCUUGGGGAAACCCAUAACAAGUUACCUCCGUCUAGUUGAUCAUUCUGAAAGGAUGGACAGCCUUUCCCCCACUGCAGUCCUCUCCAACGGGCAACUCUGAAUUUAGCUUUAGCACCAAAGGGUUGAUUUCCCCCACCCGCUGGAGGUUUACUGAGGACGAGCGGGGGAGGGGAGGCGAAGGUACCUUGGAGGAGGUCAAGUGGGGGAGGAGGAGGAGCAGCAGAAAAUUACCAGCCAAGCAGGGGAGGGAGUUGGAAGCCCGGAAAUCUACCAAGGUGCCUCAAGUAACCUUCCUUUAAGUCUCAAAAUUCAGCGCUUGAGUAACAGCCUCCUAAGGUGUCCUGGAAAGGAGUCCUCGGGUGGGCUGCGGAGGUGAUGUCAACAGUUACAGCUACUUUAUGAAUUAAACUGACGGCUAAGGCACAUCGUAACAGUUUACUGUAAGCUGAAUGGUGCAUGGAUGGGGGCUACUUUUAAAGGGAGGUGGGGAGUCAUUGGCGGCAUUUAACAGUAUAUUCUGCGUGUAAUAGUAGUUUGAAAGCUGAAGAAAACCCCUCAAAUCCCACUAAAUGCCCAGUACAUUUGAGAGUGAUUUUAAGGACAAUUUUGAAGGUCGCUGUCUGUUCCUACUCCACUUAGGUGAACCAGCGUGUGAACUCCGGCGCGGGUGUGUUUAGAAUUAUCCACGACUUCAAAUCCAUGCUAUUUAAACUCAUCAAUUCUUUGUGACUUCACGUUGAGAGAAGAAUUUGCCCUGCCUCUCUAUCUGCUAAAUGCCGACUGAGGAGAGAAAAGGGGCCAAGGAGACGAUCUCUUUCAGAAAGAACGUCACUUGAUCAACUCGACUGAGUUAUUAACUUGCUCUCUGAAAGGUCAACAGCGCCUUCCCUUCCCAGCCGCAGGGCGCGGAGAUCAAUCGCUCUACCCCAGGUAGCCUCUUGUUCAGGGCUCAGGAACUCCUAUCUUAAGAUACUUCGGGGGCUCAGAAGCUCUGCCUAUGUGUUCUUUCCAAUAACCCCACCUGUCUGCGUUCAAGCACACUCGUUGCUAGAAAUUUAGCCUAGCCUGAGUUCAGGGAUGGAGAGAAGCGCUAAACAAAGAGACCCCAACCGACCCCUUGGGCCCCUGCCCUGACGUUUUGCAAUUCCCAACCUUCUAGCUAGACAGUCCCCUAAAUCUCAGUGGUCUGAGUGAAAGGGCUUUUUUUUUUUUUUUUUUCUAUUUCAUCAUCCCAUUGACCGAAGCAGAAAAAUUGAGCGAAAUCUACGCCCCUUGUCCUGACUCUUGCCAGAGGAAAGAAGAAAAUCAUCCCGCAGGUCUCUCUCAGCUCCUGGAUGGCGAGCGCAGCUCCCGGAGCCACACUUAGUUCCUUACUGUGAAUCGCUAGUUACCCUCCGUUCUGGGUUCAGGACCAGGGCCCCAGUGACCUCCGUUGCCCAAAGGGACGCGAAAGAAAAGGCGAAUCCAAACGCUGGCUAGAUGAUAGUGAUCAGAAAACCAGGGAUUACCAAACAAGGGGCAGGCGUGUCCCUGCCUCACGGGAGUUGCGGAGGCUGCAAGACCCUUCAGCCUCCUAGAUGCAAAAAGUGAGAGAGAGAGCACAGCCUCAGGCAGUCUGCUCCUAACCUUUCGGAAGACUCAACUUGCAGUCUUUGACUGUCCUCCUUUAUGUCCAUGUUCCAAUCCUCUGGGCUUUCCGCGAAAUAAACAAAAUUGUGGAAAUGAAUGAAUCUGAAUAUCACUUGAGUUGUUUCAAACUCAUUCUCAAGUCACCUUUUCUGUCAUCUGCCAGAGGUUCAGUUUGCGCUUAGUGUCUACGUUCCAGAAAAUUAUAAGGACGUUUCCUUUGCAUCUGUCUGCCUUGCUUGCCGGCAGCGUGCAGAGACGAUAGCUGCAGUUGUUGGUGCAGAGUAUUUUCAUGAUUAGCUUAGUUCUAAAUGGCACCCCAAAACAUAGAUACCCAGAUUCUUAUUCGGCAUUUUUCAGGUUUAUUCACUUUGUGUUGCAAAUAUUUGAAUUAGAAAACGAGAGAACUCCCGCAGCAAAGAUGCACUUCUGUGCUCUCUUGUCAGGUACAGAACACACACUGGGUGAUUAGCCAGAGGGGUAGGCUCCUUUGUUGAUUUAAGGGUUCACCAGGCAAGAUGGAACAAUUAUCUUGUUGCCUCUUCUUAGCCGUCUAUUGUUGACUUAUUUCUGGUAUGCUUCCCUUGUACAAAAUUCGGUCCAAAAAUGAAGAAUAAGUCGUAAGUUAAAAAGGUAAUAAUGGUAAUAGGUCUACUUUAAUUUUACCUGGCUUUGUUAAUAGGUAGUCUGUACCUGACACUCAUAUACAUAAAAGAUGUCAAAAGUGUAUAGCAUAUCAUUUAUGUAUAAUUAUGUAUAUUAUGAUUAUAUGCUAAUGAUGCCACCAUUUAACAUUACAGGAUAAUUCUAUAAAAAACUUGAAGUUCUAUUUUUGAUACAUGUAACACCCUCUUUACAAGAAAAUAGUUGUCAGGCUUUAAAAUGAUAUUCAAGGGUUCUUUUAUCAAAAGAAUAAAAUCUGAAACUUCAUGAACUAAAAUCCUAUCAACCAAGAUAGUGCAUAUGUAGGUUACUUUGGGUUAAUGAUAACAUAAAAUACUCUUGUUUUUGUAACUUUGUGUGCACAAAACACACAUCUUAAAGUUGUGCAUUUAAAUGUGCAUUUACCAGUUAUUCUGAAAUCUUAAGUUGCACUAUUUCAGCAGGAAAUAAAACCCGAAUAAGUCCUAGGUAAUGUGUAAGGAAUAACUAUGAUUUAACUUUUGUAGCUUAACAAUGUUGUGAUAAUCUUUAAAUGUGAUUAUUAACAUACUGAAAUUAAGUAGAUGAUUUUAUCACCUAAUUUAUUAAAAAAAAAGUAAAAACAAGUAUAACAAACUGCUUUACUUUCUAUAAUGUCUAUUUAAGGAUCUAUUACCAAAAUUAGUAAUAAUGGGAUUCAUAUAUGUGUAACAAAUAUGUAGCUGUCACUCUGUUAUUGGAGAGUUCAGUCUAGUUAUAAAUGCAUUGUGCUGUCAUGUGAUAUGUGCCAUCACUUGAAUAUUGCUAAAUUAAUGCUAUGCUAUAUUUUAAGAAUCUCCCUCUUCUUUCCAGAUACAUACACUAGCUCAGGAAGAUCCCUGCCUCUUGAAUAGAAAUAGUAAAUCAGAAACUAUGUCAUCAUCCAUAAAUAGAAUCUUUCUGACUUUCGCUUAAAUAUCAGGACCCAAAUUAUUGUAUAUCUCACUUCAGAAUGUGGCACAAUGUGCUAGUUUGUCUUCUUGGCCCAGUCUUUGGAUUUACUCUAUACUCUCCAUUUUAUAAGCUGCACAAACUAUUGGUGAUAAUGAGAACCACUCUAUAUAGUUUCACUGACUUUGGAGUCUCAUAAAAUGUAUAAAAAAGUAUAAAUCAUAUUUUUUAGGUCUUGAUGAUGUGUUUCUUCCAAUUCUGAAGUGUUAGUAUAGCUGUCCAUAAUGUCACGUGAUGCAUCUCCUCAUUGUCCUAUCCCCGAGCCAUGGCAGAUCUGAUGUCACUUUGGAUAUGCCAUGUGAGGGCAAACAUUUUCUUUUGGGUUAUGCCAUCAAUGGAGAAGAAACAUGAGUAGAGUUCUCAAAGCAGGAAAAUAUAAGGGGAUAGAAAAAAAAUCGCACUUUUGAGUAUAGUAUUGGAGAAAGAAUUGAGUGUGGGUGACUUUAUCAGCCAUCAGAACAAAGAGUGAAAGUAGGUGCUUGACUAAGAUGAGAGAAGUAUUCAGUUUUGAAAACAGAAAGAGAAAGCUUAUUUAGGAAAAGAAAAUACCGGGUAAAUGUCAAGAGGAACAAAAAGAAAUGGGGUGUCAUGCCCCAUUUCAUCCUGAUAGAAUAGGCAGUCAAGGGCAAAACCCAGAUCUGAAACAGGAAAUGGGUGGAAGUAGGGAACAGUAGAUUCAUAAUUAUUUUAACUUGGUAUUUAAAACUUUAAAAUAUGAUUUUAGGGUUUUAUUUAUGAUAGAAAAGCAGCUUAUUUGGCAAUAAUUUUAAAAACUUUUGUUGCGUCUUUAGUCAGAAUGUUCACCUUUGUAAACUACUCACUAUCAGUAGUAAACUGUCAGUACAGAAAAUACAAACUAAAAGUACUAGAAAUAUCAUAAUAUGGAUUUCUCUUUUUAAUUAGUUAGGUUUAUCUAAUAAUAAGAUUCAGGAUUCAGAAAGGAAAAAAGACCAGAUCUGAGAAGGAAUUUUUAAAAAUGGCUUCAAAGUUUUCCAGAGUUUUGUUAGCGAUUGCCCUUUCUGCAGACUUCGUUAUAUCAAAAAGUAUAAUUCAAAUAUUUGCAUUGCUUACACCACAAUAAAAAGGGAAAGAUGUUGUGAAAACACUGCCUCAUGCUCAAAUUUACGCAAAACAACUUGAAAGGCUGCCAGCCACACUGUUGUUAUGUUAGCAGUUCUGACCCGGCUUCACAUGCUCCUAGAUGAGUCCUUCUGAUGUGAGAAGAAUGUAAAUCCAAACCACAAGGGAGUAUUCUUCGCAUCUAUGCACUUGGGAAGAGUUUGGGUGCCCAAAAUGUCAGAAAAGUCAGAUACAGUUGUUCUCUUAGAAUCUAUUCCGGAGGUCACAAGGUCAGAAUGCCUGCACAUGUGCAUAAACCAACAUGCCCAUAAAAGCCUGAUAGGAGGCAGCAGUGCCCCAUAAAAGGUCACACCCAGCCAGAAUCCAGCAGCAUUUGAACAGCGUCUGUUAUGGAGAAGAAAUAUGAGACUGACAGCAGCAACGGCAGCAGCAGAGAAAGAUGGAUUGGGGAUUAAUCAUGGUAAGAUACUGAGCAAAAGAGACAACGAAUUCUGCCAAGCAUGAAUUCUUCUCCACUCACAAGUUUCACAAAAUACACUCUUCAAAGUACAAGCUGGUUGGCCAAGGUCAGGUUGAUCUUUGCUAGGCUAAAAGAAGCAGCUGCUGAGUGUUUCCCAUGGCAGGUGGAGAACACCUAAGGAUUUUUCACUGUU